AUGGUUAAAGCACCCACGUCCGAAUCAAUCGCCCUGGGGCCGCACAAACCAAACGAUGCCCCGGAGAGCACCCCUCAAAACAAAGGGUCCGGCUCGCUCACGACGACGUGGAAGGAGAUCACGGUGAAUUUCAUCAUGCGGACCAAGAUCCACGGUUUGAAGUUCGUCUUCUCUCCGGACAAGACGAAACCGCAGCGAGUCGUCUGGAUCCUGGCCUUCCUGCUGUGUCUCAGUCUCCUCUUCACCUGGUCCUGGAAUCGGAUCUUCUAUCUGAUGUCCUACCCCGCCAUCACCAAGAUCUACAUGGUGUGGGCUCACAACAUGUCCUUCCCCGCCGUCACCUUCUGCAACAAAAACGUGUUUCGAGUGUCCACCCUGACCAGAGACGACCUGUACCACAGCGGCUACUGGAUGGACCUGCUGUAUCCCAACCACACGGUGAUAAACAGGAGCCUGUCCAUCCUUAAAGACAACCACAAGCAGGGUCUCCUGAGUCUUCUGGACUUCAACAACUACACCCCGCCCCCUGAUUAUCGCAUCAACACCACGGAGAUGAUGGGUCGGCUCGGUCACCAGCUGGAGGACAUGCUGCUGGAGUGCAGAUUUCGUGGGGAAACCUGCACCUACAAAAACUUCAGCACUAUUUACACUCGCUACGGGAAGUGCUACACUUUCAACUCGGGAUUGGACGGCAACCCUUUGCUGACCACGUUAAAAGGCGGCACGGGCAACGGCUUGGAGAUCAUGUUGGACAUCCAGCAGGAUGAAUACCUGCCUGUUUGGGGAGAGACAGAUGAGACCUCCUACGAAGCAGGCAUCAAGGUUCAGAUCCACAGCCAGGACGAGCCGCCCUUCAUUGACCAACUGGGAUUUGGUGUGGCCCCUGGCUUUCAAACUUUUGUGUCAUGUCAGCAGCAACUGCUUCAGUACCUCCCGCCGCCUUGGGGAGAUUGCAAAUCUACUCCCAUAGACUCUGAAUACUUCUCCACGUACAGCAUCACCGCAUGCCGCAUUGACUGUGAAACCCGGUACCUGCUGGAGAACUGCAACUGCAGGAUGGUUCACAUGCCGGGGACCUCCACAGUUUGCACACCUGAGCAGUACAAAGACUGUGCUGACCCGGCCUUAGACUUUUUGGUAGAGAAAGACAACGAUUACUGUGUCUGUCAGACCCCCUGCAACAUGACUCGCUAUGGCAAGGAGCUGUCCAUGGUUAAGAUCCCCAGUAAGGCAUCUGCUAAAUAUCUGGCUAAGAAAUUCAACAAAACUGAGCAAUAUAUCGGAGAAAACAUACUGGUCUUGGACAUCUUCUUUGAGGCUCUAAAUUACGAGAAGAUCGAGCAGAAGAAGGCCUAUGAAAUCGCAGGGCUCCUCGGUGACAUCGGAGGUCAGAUGGGGCUGUUCAUCGGAGCCAGUGUUCUGACAAUACUGGAGAUAUUUGACUACCUAUACGAGGUGUUUAAGGAUAAGGUUUUGGGUUACUUCAUACGCAAGAAACGACCACAGCGUUGUCAGAGCGACAAUCUGAGCACCUGUGACACCCUCCGGAGUCACUCGGACAGUCUCGGAUUCACGCCGAACAUGUUACCUCGUCACCCGACUUUAGGCAACUUCGAGGAGUUUGCUUGUUGA